AUGACUCGAGUUCUUCUCACUGGUGGAAGCGGCUUCAUUGCUACACACAUCCUUCAAAUUCUGCUGCAGAGAGGCGCCAGCAAGGCUGAGGGCAUUCGAAAGGCGCAUCCCAGCUAUGAAACGGACAGACUCGACUUCGCCAUCGCUCCAGAUGUCUCUCAAGCUGAUGCUUUUGACCACGCCGUGGUUUCGGAUCCUCCUUUCGAAGCUGUGAUUCACACAGCCAGCCCCUUCCAUUUCAACGUGACAGACAUCAAGAAGGGCCUUCUCGACCCUGCCAUCAUCGGCACAACCGGCAUCCUUCGCGCCAUUAAGAAAAAAUAG